GUCUGCGUGCGUGUGCACGUAAUCAAGGUGCAGCUGAACAGCGGGCGAGGUAGCUGAAGGAAAUGGGGACGAUGAAAUUCAUGUUGGUGACGGACUAGGCUUACAUGAAAGGUGUGAUUAAACGAGUUACUCACUUAAUAAGUACUUGCUGUCGGACCGGUUUUAUUGUGACCCCCCGGAAGCCCGAAUUUCGACUUCAAGCAUGUACCCCUCUUGGGGAAAUUAUGGCGGUGGUCAUCAGCCUCCCCCGGGUCCUCCGCAGCAUUUCGGAAUGAGACCUCCGCAUUUACGGGGACCGCCGCCUGCCGGAGGGGUGUUCGGGGGUUACAGCGCCCCUGCCCCCGCGGCACCAGCGUCCAACUUCUCCAGCCUCCGGGAGCAGCAUCUUCAGCAAAUGCAGCAGCUGCAGCAGCUGCAUCAGAAACAACUUCAGUCAGUGCUGCACAACAACGGGCCGUACGGCAGCAACGCCGCCAGCGGCUCUUGGCAGGGUAGUGGCGCUGGUUAUUCGGUUUCUGGUUCCAGUGCUCCGUCUUCAGCUUAUCAAGGCCAGCAGCCCCCCAGAGGGCCCACAUUCCCCGUGCAGCAAGAAGCACAGCCGCCGCCACCUGAGCCGGCGCCGUCGUUAGUGCACCAGAGCGGCUCCAGCACCCCGGGAAAUGUUCAUGAAAGCACCACGCAACCGGAUCCCGCUGCUUCUGCCCGCUCGGAGAAGGACGAGAAGCCCGAUUUCUCCUCUAUGACCUUACAGGAGCAGCAGCAGUACUGGUACAAGCAGCACCUUCAGAAUCUGCAGAGGCUGAAGACUGAAAAGGCCAAACAGAACCAGAACAAUGGUGAAAGCCAGCAGACACCCAAAAAUCAGGGCUCUGCUGCGCCUCCACCACCGGUGGAGCCUCCAAAAAGCAUGCCCCCUCCACCUCCUCCCAAAGAGGAGCCUCCACCACCUCCUCCCCCUGAGGACUCUAAGUCCCUCGUCACUGCCCCAGGGGACCCGGACGAAGUCGCUCGUCUGCAGCAGCUGCAGGCUGCCGCCGCACAGUGGCAGCAGGCCCAGCACCAGAGGGCGGGCUUCCAGUACCAGGCGCUCAUGCAGCAGCACGCGCAGCUGCAGCAGAUCCUGCAGCAGUACCAGCAGUUUGUCCAGCAGCCAACGCACUUACAGAACAUGCCAGUGGACGUGCAGCUGAGGCACUUCGAGAUGCAACAGCAGCAGUUUGGCCCCGUUUAUCAGGAGUGGAACCGUCAGUUCAAGCUGUGGCAGGAUCAGUUCCAGUCGUACCCGCACCGGGACCAGCUGCAAGAGUAUGAGGCGCAGUGGAAGCAGUGGCAGGAGCAGAUGAAGUCCACAUCCGUGCACCUGCAGGAAAGGGUCACCACCCUGCGGGCCAUGCAGCAUCAGUAUGGUGGCGCCCCCUUUGGGGGAAUGAUGGGCAUGCCGCCUUACGGGCAGUACCGGUCCCCUUCCUCGGAGACACGCAUGCCCCCGCCCCACCCCAUGAGCACGCCGCCCCCCCCACCCGUAAAAGUGGAGGCAACCCCGCCUCCUCAGUGUCCCCGCCCUCCAGUGCCACCUUCCAUCCAGCCUCCCCCACAGGGUCCCUGCCCACCAGUGCCACCCUCCAUCCAGCCAGCCCCACCCCCACAGGGUCCCCGCCCAUUGGUGCCGCCCCCCAACCAGCAGGCCCCACCCCCACAGGGUCUCAGGCAUCAAGUGCCACCCCCUGGCCAGCAGCCCCCGCCCUCACAUGGUCUCCGCCCACCAGUGCCGCCCACUAGCCAGCCAGCCCUUCCAGCACAAGGUCCGCCCCCAACAGGGCUGCUCCCCGGUCAGUCGCCCCUACCCGCACAAGGUCCCCAGCAGCCAAUGCCGCCCUCUAGCCAGCCGUCCCCACAAGGACCUCGGCAGCCAGUUUUGCCCCACAGCCAGCCAGCCCCAUCCCCACAGGGUCCCCACCCACAAGUGCCCCUCCCCCCCAGCCAGCUGGCCCCCCAGGGUCUUCCCUCCGGACCCCGUGUGUCUCCUCCCCCUGGUGCUCCUGAGCCAUGCCCCCCGGCUCCUACGGCACAUGCGAUGUCAGCCUCUCCGUCCUCUGCAGCCCCUUCUGCUCCUUUAGAAGCUCGCUCCUCUCCUGGUCCCUCGAUGCAGCCACCCCGACCCUCGGGCCCCCAGGCUCGAUUUGAAGGCCCCAGGGGACCCAGGUUUGAAGGCCCUAGAGGAAAUGGCGUCCUCAGGUUUGAGCAGAGAUUCGGUCCCUCUCCUCGUUUUGAAGCCCAUCAGAGGUUUGAUCCCCCACCACGGGGACCCCAUGCACCCCGUUUUGGUGGCCCAGUGAGGUUCGAACCACCCGUGAGGCAGAACCCACCCAUGCGCUUUGAAAGGCCGCCUGGACCCCCCAGACCACCUCAACCCCAAAUGGUAGAAGCUCCGGUGCUGGCAGGUCCUCUGUCAGAUGGUGCUAUUCAGGCCGGCGAGGCCCGGAUGCCCAGAGCGACUCUUCCAGAGGAACCCGAAGCAGCAGCAGAGGAACCCGCAGCUACAGGGAGCUUGGCCUCCCAGGAACUUGUAUCGGACGACAUCUUGGACUCGUCAGAUGGCUUCUUUGUUCAGAGUGACCCGAUCCCGCAAACUACCGUCAAAUCAGAGCCUCAGAAGAAGCCUGCCCAGCCAUGUGAGGACACUGGCAAAAAAGAGAAGCCAGCUUUAGAUACAGGUAAAGUGUCGGAGUCACCGACGGCGUCUCCCGCACCAAAAGCACCUCCUAUAACCACAAACAGUGACUCCUUCAGUCAAGGGGGGGGGCCUGUCCGAGGCAUGGGGCUGCCUCUAAAGCCCAAGGGCCCCGGGCCGGCUCCACCCAAACCUGACCUGGCAAAGCCCCCACCGACGUUCCCACACACAGACAGUGAGAUGGCACCUCCCUCCUUGGGGCGGGGCAGGGGACGGGGCAUGUUGCCCACGCCUGGGAGAGGGCGGGGCCGCGGACUUCUGAUGGGGCCGCCGCAUGGCUUUGGCCCCGGCAGCGGCCAGCGGGGAGAGGAUGUGGAGAUGAUGCAUCACAGUUACAGAGGGAAGGAGGAUGCGCCGGAGUGGCAGGGCACGGAGGGUGGUGCAGAGGUGCGUGAGGAGGACAUGUGGGAGCAUGAAGAUGAUGGCCAUUACCAGGAGGAGUAUUAUGAAGAGCCUGGCAGGAGAGGACCACUACCACCUUCCCGGGGGAGGCACUGGGACGAGCCACAGCCCGACUACUGGGGGCCCGGUGAGCCUUAUUGGGCUGAGAGGAGGCCCCCGUUACGCUACAGACCCCCGUUUCCUCAUGAGGAGCCGCGGCGCCCCCCACCUCCCCCUCACAGUUUUCUCCACCACGGCCCCAGAAGGCCGCCCCCUCCGCCUCAUGAGAUGAUGGAGCGGGAAGCACGAGGGCUGCCGCCACACCGCCCCCCCAUGGAGCCCCCAGGGCCCCCCCGUCACCGCGAGCCGCCACCCCCCCUACCGCCCAUGCACCGCGACAUGCCGGAGCGUGAUCUGAGGCGCCCACCCCCCCCACAGCGGGAGAUGCUGGAAAGGGAGCACAGGGGACCCCCCCUGUUCCACCACGACCCUGGUGACAGGGAGCCAGGUUGGCCCCCACGCCGCCCCCUACAGCCACAUGACGGCAUGGAGCGAGAGCAGCGGUGGCACGAGCCCCUGGAGAGGGAAGAGUGCCGGCCUGAGCAGGACUACCCUGAUGAGUACGGUCCAGAGGGCGAGGAGUACCAGGAGCAGGACUAUGAGCCCGAGGAGGGCCGCUACGGCCCCAGGGGCGAGUGGGACCGGGAAUACCACAGCGCCUACCCCCAGUACCCGCAGCGGGGCCCACCGGAGCGCUUCCGCAAGGACCAAUGGGGGGGUGAGCGGGAGCGGCCCUACCCCUUCGAGGGAGAGCCUGGAGAACGGGGAGAGUUACGGGUGCGAGAGUACCCUGGGGAGUCUGUGUUCCGGCGAGACGGCCUGCCCCCACCCUCUUACCCACCGCCGCCUCCUCCCCCACCUUCGAUGCAGACACAUGGCUGGGAGCCGCCCCUGCAGGACAGGAGCUUCCCCCCCGACGUGGAGCAACGGCCUCAGUUUGAUGGCCGUGCGGAGCCCCGCCUUGAGCUGCAGCACCCCCCUCCAGUACCUGGAGCCCCCGGUGGUCUGUCAGAGCCUUCGGGGGAGCCGGCAUCACCUGGAGCCGCAAAGGGCAUCCUGGCUCUGUCCCAGAGGCAGCACGAGAUCAUCCUAAAGGCUGCACAAGAGCUCAAAAUGAUCAGAGAACUCCAGGAGACUAAGAACGCAAUGGGCGAGUUUCCCAAACCAGAGGGAGUAGAGCCAAAACCAGAGAUGAAUGAGGGCCUCCUGGGUUUGGAAAUUCCACCGGAAGUCAGGAGUGCCCUCCAGGCCACCAGCCUGCUGCCCGACUCCAGCCCGGCUCCUGCUGCUCCAUCAUGGGAUACUGGAGGUGCAGCCCCAGCCUCAGAGCCGGGUUUCCUCUUGUCACAGGCACCCCCUCCUGCCCCCGCCAAGCCUCCGGUAAUCUCUAGGACAGUGGACUAUGGGCACGGACAUGAUGCCGGAGCCACGGUGGAGCGAAUAUCCUACGGAGAGAGGAUUGUCCUGAGGCCGGACCCUCCGCCUUUGGAGAGACCUUACGAGAAAGAGCCUCUGGGCUCCAGAGACCCAUUCGAGCGAGACCCCUACUACGACCGGCGGCCUGAUCCGUACAUGGAGCGGCGGGAUUAUGGCCGUGAGCGGGACCCGUACCGCGACAAGCCACCCGGGGACUAUGAGCGCGAGCGCUACGAGAGGGACCGAUACACCAGAGAUGACAGCCAACAUUCGGUGGCGCUUGAAGGAAGGCUGCCCCCGGGACCCCCGCCCCGCCCAGGGCCCUUCAGGGAGCGAGAGCUACGGGAAGGCCGAGGCAGCCGGGACCGGGAAGACCAUUAUGGGAGGCCUCUCUACGAUCGGCCGCCGCCGUAUGAGCGGCUGGCAGAUCACGGACCUCUGGGAUACGGAGCUGACAGGAGGAGCUACCCGGAGGAUCGAGUUCCUGUUCCUCCACCUUCGUUGGCACCACCGCCCGCCGCUCCACCACGCGUUGAGAAGAAGCCUGAAACAAAGAAUGUGGAGGACAUUCUGAAACCCCCUGGGAGAGAGAACCGCCCAGAAAGGAUUGUAAUUAUAAUGAGAGGCCUUCCAGGCAGUGGGAAAACCCAUGUAGCCAAGCUGAUUAGGGAUAAGGAGGUGGAGUUUGGCGGUGCCCCGCCUCGCGUCCUGGGGCUGGACGACUAUUUCAUGACAGAGGUAGAAAAAACCGAGAAGGACCCAGACUCGGGAAAACGCGUCAAAAAGAAGGUCCUGGAGUACGAGUAUGAACCCGAGAUGGAAGAUGCCUAUCGUAGCAGCAUGCUGAAGACCUUUCGCAAGACGCUGGACGAUGGCUUCUUCCCUUUCAUCAUCAUCGACGCCAUAAACGACAGAGUGAAAUACUUUGAUCAGUUCUGGAGUGCAGCCAAGACGAAAGGCUUUGAGGUGUAUCUGGCUGAAAUCACUGCAGACAACCAGAUGUGUGCGAAGAGAAACGUGCAUGGGCGCAAGCUGAAGGACAUCGCAAAGAUGGCCAGUAACUGGGAACCUUCACCUCGUCACAUGGUGCGUCUGGAUAUAAGAUCCCUGUUACAGGAUGCGGCCAUAGAGGAGGUGGAGAUGGAAGAUUUCAACCCCUCGGAGGAAGAGCAGAAGACAGAGCCCACAGCGGCGGCCCCUGAGGAGGAGGACGGGGAUUUGGGUUACAUUCCAAAAAGCAAAUGGGAGAUGGACACUUCUGAGGCCAAGCUUGACAAGCUCGACGGACUGGUGAGCGGUGGCAAGCGCAAGCGUGGCUAUGACGGCGUGUCUGGCAUGGAGGACUUCCUGCAGCUCCCUGAUGACUACGCCACGCGCCUGUCCGAGCCAGGCAAGAAGAGGGUGCGGUGGGCCGAUCUGGAGGAGAAAAAGGAUGCGGAUAGGAAACGUGCUAUCGGCUUUGUAGUGGGCCAGACGGACUGGGAGAAAAUCACCGAUGAGAGCGGACAGCUCGCUCAGAGAGCUCUUAACCGCACAAAGUAUUUCUAAGAAGAGGAUUUUACAGCCAAAUCAGUCGGGAGCUGCAGCUGGUGUCGUCUUUCUUGCAGGUUGCUGACUGAAAAUGAGCCCCCCCACAAACACUGAAAAUGACCAUGUACUGCAGUACCCUUGUAAAUUUUGUCCCCGGAUAUCCCAAGUAGAUAUUCUUCAGUCUGCUUUCCCUGACACACCCAAUUUCACAAUUUAAAAUGACAGUAAUGCCAGUGGUCUCAUUAGGCGGUGAAUUAGUGCUUUUCAUUUUGUACUUGAUGUACUGUAUGUACACCAGUGAGUACUGUUGCCUGUUUUAACAUAAAACAAUAAAUGUCUGAAACCCCCUUCAGGAGCAGCUUGUGGGCGAU